UAGUUUCUUGUAAGCCUCCUAAAGUUUUCUUCGACUUACCUAUAUUAUUUCAUGUCCAAAAAUUAUUCCUCACAGUUAAACCAAAAAAACAUUUAAAGGCAAUUUCAAUACUUUGUGGAAUUACUAGUGAAACAGAAAAAAGUUCCUCAUUUAAAUUUACCUCUGAUCAAAUUGGAAUUCUUCGAAAAAUGUUACAAAAAAAUUCAGAUAUAAAUUUAGCAUUAGGGUUUAUUCAAAGAGAUGAAAUAAUUGGUGGUUAUGCUGAUGAUAUUUCUGAAACAAUUGAACAAUCUAUUGCUAAAGCAGAAUUUCAGUGUGGGACAGAUAAUGUUCGAAUUUUUUGUGAAUUUCUUUGUUGUGCUCCCUGUGGGUUAACUUCUUUGGAAUUACUAGAUGCUUUUAGAAUGAGAAAUUAUGCUACUGGUUUUAUGUUUGAGCCUCAAGAUGUAUUAAGUGCCACUCCUUUACUUGUACUUAGACAACUUGGAUCUCUUCUAGAUUUUAUUAUAAUGGAUAGAAGAAGAGUUUAUUUUUUCCGCUCAACACAAUUUGCUCAAACAGUCCAGCAAAGAUAUUUACAAACAGCUGGGGAUAUUAAAUUAGCUAAUGAAACACUUGCAAAUAUUUUUUUAAAUCCAAAUGAGAAUUUAGAAAAUGGUAAUGAACAAGAAGCCUCUGCAAUGGCUAUGGUCUUUCCUAGACCUUUAUCUAAAGAUGGAGGAAUGGGCAUUGAUAUAAGGAGAGCGAGGUGGGAGAGAAUUUUAAAAAUUUGUAAAAGUUUUCUCUUUAAUCCAAUCGGAUCUCAAUUUUAG